CCUAAGUCCUUUCCUCGAUCCACAGCUAUCAUCCUUAGUGACGUCACAAGCAAAGCUUGCAGCCGCAUAGUCUGGCGUCGCGGUCGCAUUUCACCACGGCGUCGCGCGCCAGCCGUGCACAGAUAAAAUUCCUGCGGUUCAGUUCUGGUGCGUGAGGAGGCCGCGAAGGAAAACUCGCGACGUUGACGGUGGCGUUCGCGCGGAAAUGCUCCACUUUCCAGACGGAAAAUGCGAACGGAGUUGUUGCUUCAGCCGGCGUCCUCUUCUUCGUUGUUUUUGUAGGAAGUGAGACGUUUGGAUUAUGAUGAUUAUCUUCGCCAUUCCGGUGGUGUGGAUCCUUCUUGUGAGUACAGUCGAUGGAUCCCAAGACACAAUAACGAGGUACAUCUGCCCAAAAAACUUCCACCUGGUAGGAAAGCAAUGCUACCACUUCAGCGAUUAUGUGGAGCAGUGGGCUUUUUCUCACUUCUACUGCCAACUAUUGAACAGCUCCUUGGUAAAAAUUGAAACCAACAGAGAACAGAAGCUACUUAGAGACUUCGUUAGUUUUCAUAACCAGCCAGCAUUCAACAAGAGCGAAAGAUGGAUAGACGGCACGUACGACUGGAAACAGGGCAAAUGGAAAUGGGGUUCUACUGGGGAACUUGUGAUGGACACACCCUUCACCAAGAGAAAUAUUGGAGAAGACUUCAAAUGGAGUUGCAUAGCGCUAGACGGAAACAGAAAGAACAAGUUAGUUGUCUUCUUAGGUGGAGUGCAAGAAAAUGCAUAGAGAAAAAACCAUUCAUAUGUGAAACUCCGUCAAACAUAUACGUAGAGUUUAGACUUUACGACAAAAAGAAGAAGAAAUUUAAUAUCACAAAGUGUACCAGUGGAAAGCCAUUGAGUAUCCAAGAAGAAAGGAAAUGUACGAAAUUACUCGGAACCCCUGGUAACAACGAACCUGCAAAUCUAGUGCAGAAACCAAGUCCAACGAAACCGACGAGAAGGAACAUCGACACUUGGGUCUGUCCACCACUCAUGGUGUCUUUGGGUAACAGAUGCUAUUCGUUCAGCGACAAGGAAGCCACUUUCGAAGAAGCCCACUUUGAAUGCAGGAAGAAUAAGUCAAAGUUGGCCAUAAUAAGAAAUAAGGCUCAAGAUGACAACCUCAGGAGGUUUCUGAACAACUUCAUAGAGAAACAGCCUAGAUGGAUUGGAGCUCUGUACGACUGGAAGUCUGAUAAGUGGAAAUGGGCCUUAACAGGCCAACCACUAACUUACAAUGGUAUUCCUGCGUCAGUGCUCAGAAACACGCCCCCAGAAGCUUUUGAGUGGAAAGCUAUCUUUAUGGAUCCCAAGAUGGACAACCAGUGGAAUACUGAUAGCCAGACGAAAAAGAAGCGAUUCAUAUGCCAGGUGAAAGCGAAAGCUGUGAAGAAGUUUGGGCGUGGCCUCCUGAGACCGCCACAAGCAACGAUCAGAAUAAUUCCGCAGUCUCGAUCAUAGGACAUUUUGAAUGAUUCGUGUGGUCUUACGUGAAAUUGUUGUGGAAAUAUGUGUUUUGUUUGUAAGAUCUAUUAGUCACCACAGGGAUCAUGUAUUUGCUCCAAAGAUUUAUUUAAAGUUAUUUUAAUGUUUGAGCUAUAUCUUUUAUCACAUAUAUCACCAAGUUUCGUACAGGGAUCUUUACUUAGAUCGAAGACCGAUUUAUAUUGCAGCUAUUGCUUAUCAAUGUCAGAAAGAUAUGACCUGAUUCCUUUGCAGCUGUAACGUUGACAUAAAAGGUGACUAAAAUACUAGCAAUAGUAUUAAUCUGUGGAUUAUUAUCCAACUUGUCUCGAGUAUAGUAUCUGUAAUCAUGAAACUGCCUUACCAAUAUUCUGCCUUUAUAUGUAGCAUACAUUUUAGGUGGAGAAAAUGCUUUUAUAUGUGUAUAGUUGUAUAAAGAUUUAUAUUUAUUACCAGUAAUUAGAUUUACCUGCUUAGAUUUUGUAUACUUAGCAACCAGUUAAUAGGUAUUUGUACCAAGAUAUCAAUAAAACACACACUGUACAAUAACAACUUUAUUGACUUUUAAUCAAAGUGGUAUCGGUAAUCGUAUAAAAAGCAAGAACAAG